UUAUAUUAGUGCAGAACACUGUACCUUUAAUUUAAAUGCCCUUGGAGUCUGCUGGGGAAGAGAACUAAUACUGUCAGUCAGUAUGACAUGCAGAUGAGUGCCGUCGAUCUUAGAAUCACCGCACACUUCACUCAUUUGGGCAGUCACGGGGCCAAAACCAGAGUGUGGAGCCACAGUGUGGCGGUGGAGGCAGCAGCAAUGGGAGGCCAUACAGCACCCUAUGACAAAAUGGAACCCACCAGCAGUGUGAGGAGACCUGAAAGUGGCACAUGGCAGAGUGUGGCGAUGGAGACAGCAGCAAUGGGAGGCCGUACAGGGACCCAUGACACACUCUGGACCUGGCAGCAGCAUGAGGAGGCGGUACAGGGGCCCAUGACAGAUUACGGGCCUGGCAGCAGCAGUGGGCGGGCGGUGGAGGCACAUGGCGCAGGGUGGCGGUGGAGGCAGCAGCAAUGGAAGGCCAUACAGCACCCUAUCACAAAAUGGAACCCACCAACAGUGUAAGGAGACCUGAAAGUGGCACAUGGCAGAGUUUGGCGAUGAAGUCAGCAGCAAUGGGAGGCCGUACAGGGACCCAUGACACACUCUGGACCUGGCAGCAGCAAGAGGAGGCGGUACAGGGGCCCAU